AGUUACUACCCCUCUGCACUUGCGAAUGUGAUGACUUUCCUUAAGGAAAUCCUAUACUCGCACGACCGAGCGACGACGACGUAGGGGAAGUUAUUGAUUUUCAUUCAACAUAGCCCCAAUACAGCGAGUGUGAAUUUGUUUUCUUUUUAAUUUCUGCCUGCAAUUGAACUCUCGAGUUGUGUGCUAAAUUUUCGGGGUUAUAAAGUUGAAUUAAAAUAAAUCAAAACGGAUACGAAGGACAUUUUAAAUUAAAGAAGAUUUUCGGUUUUCAACAAUCCAACUAUGGCUGACAGUGAAUACGAAGAAUUUCGCAGGCCUUUUGAGCAGAUACCUACCACAAACUAUACCAAAAACAAUACACAAUCCUUUUAUUCUCUCAUUCCAAAUGAUGACUUGGAAGACUCACCCUCCUCGAAAAGUGACUCCUCGGACUUGGAAGACGGAUGCGAACGUUCAAUACGGCCGAUGCCGAUGGAAAAAUUGACAAACUUACGGAACUCCUGUCAGGUAUUGGAAGAUGACGGUAUUGGAGAUGGCCUAAAAAUGAUUCCAAAAAAUGACAAUCAGGAUGGACACUUCACAUCAAAUCAGGAACUCAAUGGAUUUCAACCCCCAGUUGGCACUCAGAGAAGAAGACGAAAACUUCCCGAAAUUCCCAAGAACAAAAAAUCUUCCAUUCUGCAUCUUCUAGGGCAAAUGUCACUAGCAGAUGAAAUGCAGACUGAAAAUCGAUCCGGAGGCGGAGGCGGAGGAGGUCAGACCACUUUGAUGCCUCAGCAAUUUGGAGGUGCCACAAAUCAGAGGACUUUUCUCUCACUCAAAUGUGGAUAUUUAUUGGACGAAGACUCGAGCCCAGAUUCAGAACGAUUGCAGAGCUUAGGUGACGUGGACAGUGGACACAGUACCGCUCAUUCUCCGAAUGACUUCAAGAGUAUGUCUCCCCAAAUGCCCUCACCAGUAUCUCAAUCUCCCUUUCCUACUCCAUUCGGGGGAGUACCGUUCGGUCAGCUGGAAAUGCUUGAAGCUACCCAUAGAGGCUUACACAAGUUUAUACCUCGACAUCACGACGAAAUUGAAGUGGAAAUCGGCGAUGCAAUCUAUGUGCAAAAGGAAGCAGAUGACCUUUGGUGUGAGGGCGUAAAUAUUCGCACUGGACGGCAGGGUAUAUUUCCCUCAGCUUACGCUGUCGAUCUAGAUUACAACGACUUCGAUCCGACAGCACAGCAAGUCAAAAAGGAACGCUACUUGCUGGGUUAUUUGGGUUCAGUUGAAACCUUAGCUCACAAAGGCACAGGGGUUGUUUGCCAAGCUGUGCGUAAGAUUGUUGGCGAGUAUGGUAAUUCCCCAACUGGUCAGGUAUGCAUUUUGGAGGUCUCAGAUCAAGGAUUACGUAUGGUGGAUCGUUCUGGGCCAAAAACCAAAAAGGACAAAAAGCCAUGCAUAGAUUAUUUCUACUCAUUGAAAAAUGUUUCUUUCUGCGCCUUCCACCCUCGCGACCAUCGCUUUAUUGGAUUCAUAACAAAACAUCCCACUGUCCAAAGGUUUGCAUGCCACGUUUUUAAGGGUUCUGAGUCAACACGACCAGUAGCCGAAGCAGUUGGGAGGGCAUUUCAACGCUUCUAUCAAAAGUUCAUUGAGACAGCAUAUCCAAUCGAAGACAUUUACAUUGAAUAAAUUUAAUAACAUCUCCGUUGUUAUAUGAAUAAAGCGAUAAUACAUAACUUUAAAUCUCUGUGUAUGAAUUAUGUGUACUCAUAUUUUGUCUUCAAUAAGCUAAUUUAAUAAAAUCAAAAGAAACAAAGAGAGAGUUCGAAAGAUUCAACAAAAAAAAAUUAACAAACAAAGAAAACAUUAUUUUUAAUCAAUAAAAAUAAUAAUUGUAUGAAGAAAAAAAAACAAUACUAUAGAUUCACGCUCUGUAUAAAAGCACAUUUAUUAAAAUUUUAUUUUUAUAAUUAAUUAAAAAAAAAACAUCAAACUAAAUAAACAAAUAAAGAUUCUCUUCAAAAAGUAUUAAUGAAUUUAUUCAUUUUGUUUUUUGUUUAAAUCAACGCAGAGUAUAAAAGUUUUAAAUUUUCCGUAUAUAAAGUUCCAAAUUUUAUGAGUAAAAAUUAUUGACCCUUUAUAUGCAAUCAAUAGAGAAAAAAAAUGUCAGCACAAAAUAUUAAAGUUUGCUAAUUUCUAAGAACAAUAAGUAUUAAAUGUAUAUAAAUAUAUGUAAAAUUGUAAGCCCACAAUCUGUUACAUAUAUAACAAACAAAUAUUAAAUAUUGUAUAUGCAUUCAUAUGGGCCUAAAUUUUCAUAAUAAGAUCGGUUUAAUCAACCUACCUUACCUUAUCAUACAUUCUGAAUAAAACUUAAAAUAAUAUUUGUCUGAUAAAUUAAGUUAAUAUUGUUAUUUUUAUUGUUAACUUUAUUACUUUUUUAUAAAUGAGCCAGAAUUAUUUUGAAGAGUAUCUAAGAAUAAAAAAAAAAACGAUAACAAAGAUCUGAUUUAAAGAGAAUGCAACUUAUUUGUUCAUAGAGCUCAUUCAAAAAACUAUAAGUAUGUGCAUUCAUUUAAUAAGCUCAACAUUACAUUCCCCAACUUGAAUUUUCACAUAAAUCGUUUUUAGUUAUAAAAUAUGGACGAAAUCAAUAAAAUAAUAUGAAUUAUUUUUCCAAGUCCAUUAAUGUUUUGACACAAAAAUCUAGGUACCUUACCUACGUA